AUGCAUGUUGUGGGAGCCCAGCACGUGCAAUCUAGACUGGAAGAUCGGAACGAAGUUAUAUCUUUUAAUUGGGAUCAUAUAACCAAAUACAACGAACUUAGUUACGCAGGUUAUGAUCUGUCUAACGCUAGAGAAUACGACCUGAGUUCAAUACGAAUGAACAUUAUUGACCCAGAUUUGGAAUACUUGACGGAAGAACGGAACGAUUAUCUCUCAUUCUAUGAUCGGGCGGAGUUGAACGCAUUCUACCAAUGUGCUGAUGACUGUACAAAUCCCCCAGUUUGUCAGAACGAGGGGUUCGUGAAGCAGGUUGAUGGUGUGUGUAGCUGUGAGUGUGUGGAUGGACUGUCGGGGCCACACUGUACACAUGUGAACACUAGUGCUGGAUGCGGGGGGACUAUCAAUUUGAGAGCCGGACACUCAGACUGGAUUGACAUGAUUGGAUAUAUCAAUGGUCUAACGUGUACGUGGUUGAUCAAGGGGCCAGAAAAAACAACGAUACAGGUCUAUAUCAAUAGUAUAGGACUUCCAAGCAGUAUCCUGGACAACUGUUUACACUACAUCGAGAUUAGAGAUUAUCUCUCUGGAACCAAGGGAAAACUUAUCUGUGGAAACUCAGGAGGUGCAACAUUUAUCAAGAAGAACCUAGGACCCACCAAUAUGAUGAUUGUCCGUUUUGAUAGCCAAUACAGCGUUAUCAAACCCGGAAGAGGCUUUUUAUUGACAGUGACUGCAGCCCCAUCUGCUUGCAUAAGUUCGCCAUGUAAAUACCCUGCAACCUGUAAAGAUGGAUUGCACUCAAACGAAUAUACAUGUUCAUGUACUGAGGGAUAUUCGGGAACCAAUUGCAAUACUGUUGCUUCUAAUGCAACAGUGACAGACAGUUUUGAGCGCGACUUUACAACAUUAAUGAGACAUGGCACAUCAGGAGUUGAUUUUAAAUGGACGACGAACAAGUAUUGGGACCUUCAUAACUUUGAUUUAGCGGCAUUUGAUGGUAACCUUAUGGCUUCACUCCGUAAAUACAACUUUGGCGCUGAUUUUACCUACACGGGAGUUGCAAAACUAGAAACAUCUGUCGUAUUUACAAAAGCCAACCGAUGCCUGCGAUUUAACUAUGGAUUAGAAUUCAACUAUUAUGGAAGUAAAUUCAAAACCACGUUGACGGUCAGAAUAUUCAGUAACUCUGGGACAUUGAGUGAUGUACAUGAAUUUUCUCAAGAUAGUAAUACCAGCUGGACGAGUGUGGAAAUUAACCUACCUGCAGUCAAUGACAUGAAGAUUGAGUUUGAGGGUAGAUUUGGAGUCCCAAAACUUGUUCUUGAUAACAUCCGCAUAUCGCCACUUCUAUGCUAUGAAGAUAACCCAUGUGAUAACGUUGUGUGCCAAUAUGGUGGGAAAUGUGAACUCAAUGUGAGCAGAAGCCAUAAUCCCAAGUUCUGGUGCAACUGUCGGUUCGGAUUCUCAGGAGAAUUUUGUGAAAAAUACGUUUGUACCGAGAAAAGCUGCCUAAAUGGAAUAUGUUUUCCGUUGUCCUCCUCGGCAUUCAAAUGUAAAUGCGAAGCAGGCUGGAGCGGCGAUACAUGUGACAUAUAUACGUGUGCAAAUGUUAACUGUAACCAAGGAAGCUGUGAGGCUCUGUCAGAAACGAAAACGCGUUGUAAUUGUGACUCUGGUUGGUACGGAGAGUUUUGUGAUAAAAGUUCAUUGUAUCCUGGAUAUUGAAUGUGAUUUUGCAACAAGCCAAAAAGUGAGGGCAUUGCAGGUUAUACUAUUCGCCUGGCUGUCUGUUCAGAACUAACAUUAUCGUUUUUGUAUGCUUGAUUUUGCCAUGCACACUGGAUGAAACUUUGCCAAUCAGUCAACUGAAAUAUGACUGAAAGGUAUCUGAAAUGUGACUGAAUGACAUAGCAAUGCAAUUCAGUAGCAUUUCCAGACCAUUCAAUUACCGUUCAGUUGACUGAAUAGCAA